UACAAGCCAGAGUUGAGGGCAAACCCACUCCACUCCCACUGCAGCAGCUCGUACGCUCUCCAGUAAACACGAGGCGACCGUUGCUCCCUGUUAUAUAUACGUUAUUCGCCUCAUCUAUGGAUAACGCCGAAGAAAAGGUAGCCAUGAGAGAAUCAAAAAGACGAGAGCGUCAAUCAGGUUCAAGCAGGUAUGAUUUACGUGAUGUUGAAGCCUUGGAGGAUUCGGACAAUGACAUCGGCUUGUGUGGCUGGCUGUUGGUGGCCCUCUCCAUCCUUCUCAUGCUGCUCACUCUGCCCAUCUCUGUAUGGAUGUGCAUUAAGAUUGUGAAGGAGUACGAGCGAGCCAUUAUCUUUCGCCUGGGGCGGAUUUUGCGAGGAGGAGCCAAAGGCCCAGGGCUGUUCUUCAUCUUGCCGUGCACUGACAGCUUCAUUAAUGUGGACAUGCGCACCAUCACCUUCGACAUCCCACCACAAGAGGUUCUGACCAAAGACUCUGUGACAGUGAGUGUGGACGGUGUGGUGUACUACCGGGUGCAGAAUGCUACCCUGGCGGUGGCUAACAUCACUAAUGCGGAUGCUGCCACCCGGCUGUUGGCCCAGACCACCCUGAGGAACGUCCUGGGCACCAAGAGUCUGGCUGAGAUCCUGUCAGACCGGGAAGAAAUCGCUCACAGCAUGCAGUCCACUCUGGAUGGUGCUACAGACGACUGGGGGAUCAAGGUGGAGCGGGUGGAGAUCAAAGAUGUUAAGCUGCCCGUCCAGCUGCAGAGAGCGAUGGCUGCUGAGGCCGAGGCCACCCGGGAGGCCAGAGCCAAGGUGAUCGCGGCGGAGGGAGAGAUGAACGCGUCACGGGCCCUGAAGGAGGCCUCCCUGGUGAUCUCAGAGUCUCCGUCAGGCCUGCAGCUGCGCUACCUUCAGACCCUCAGCACCAUCGCCGCCGAGAAGAACUCCACCAUCAUCUUCCCGCUGCCUAUGGAGAUGAUGCAGGCCUUCAUGAAACGUUGAGGCAGUCGUGAAACACACACACACACACACACUUACAAUAACACACCUUUAGGACCUGUGUCUAUUAAGUGCUCUGAUGACGCAUUUUAACACCUCUAGAACAAAACUGACCACAUGUAUGAUCUAUGCCUGUGAGAGGCAAACUUUAUUAAAAGAAAGAUAUGUGGCCUUACAAACACACACGACGGAUCCAUGGUGCAAUGAGGUCAUCUAAAUGGAUUCAGAACAUAGAAAUCGGCCAGAGUAGCAUUAAAGAAUUCACAUACUGUACCAUUUCAUCUCUGUCACCGCAGGCCAGCACUAAUACCUUUUUUAAAUUCCAACAGAUAUUAAAACUCACAAAUCGCGCCCUGUGAGAACAUUUAACGGCUGUCCCCACCAUGCAGCAGGGUGUCAGAGCGUAAACACUGAAACAAGCUUUAUUUAUAUUUAAGAUUGGGAGAUGUAAAAAACACUUUUACCCUCAUUAUAAGGGACAUUAUAAUCCUUAAAAACCUGCUGAAAAUGUGCUUAAUUCUUCUGUAGUGUGGACUGUGCGUUAAACACCUUUUCUCCAUGAGCCAGUACUUAAGUAUUGUCAGGCAGGAUGUUACCAAUGUUUACACUAUUCAUACCAGGUAUAUGUUAUGUUUAGAUGGGUGGACAACACAUUUGAAACAUCAUACUUUAGCAUACAACCUCAUUAGCUACACCUAAGCGCUACCGUUUAAUAACGCUUUUUCUCUGCAAAUUAUUCAGCCAAAAGCCUUAAAUCACUGCCAUGGAUCAUUUUACAGCCUGAUGACAUAUCUAUGCACCUUCAAAUGAAAUCAGCUGAAGCAUUUUAAACAAUAUUUGAUCACAUAUACUCUUUCUAAGUGUUAACAAGCCAAAUAGUUCCAUGUUAUUUGUAUUUAUCUUUCUUCAAACUAACAUGUGGUUGUUAUGUUUUCCUCCUCUCGACAUAAAGAGCAGACGUGUUGGUAAAUGUUCGUAAAAGUAUGUAGUGUAUGUCUGUUAGUAUACUAUGUGUUUAUAUUACAAUAUAUAUAAUUGCGUUCCGACGCGGUUUCAGGUUCGUCACGGCCAAAUCUCGGCUUGAAUUCGACUUUUUUAAUUUAUGUUUUUGUGAAAUAAGGGAACAUUUGUGCUACGACUGCAAAGCAAAGGAUGUUUGAUAACCUGUGUUUGUUCCAGGACAAAGAGAAAUAGUCUCUUGUAGUAUUGCUUACACUUCAGGAAAACCCUUUUCAUUGAAGUAUUACUUACAUUGCUGUCUUCUAAAACAUGUUACACACAUCAGUUUUAUUCAGCAUUUAUGGUGUUCAGUUUUCGCAGCUAACCAGUUUUACUUUGUAAUGUUUGCUAUAGUUUUAUCCUGACAAGAUCUGACUGUAUGAAAACCUGAAAUAAAGCUGUAUCAAACAGGA